CCGACUGCCCAGUCCCCUGGGGAGACCUGUCUUCAGGGGCGACAAGGAGCCCCCAGCCCUGCAAUAGCAGCGAGGCCAUGGCGGACUUCGACCCCGAGGACCUGAACCUGACCCACGAGGCCCUGAGGCUCAAGUACCUGGGGCCGCAGCAGACCGAGCUGUUUGCGCCCAUCUGUGCCGCAUACCUGCUCAUCUUCGCGGUGGGCACCGUGGGCAACGCGCUGACCUGCGUGGUCAUCCUGAGCCGCAGGGCUAUGCGCAGCGCUACCAACCUCUACCUGCUCAGCCUGGCCGUGUCGGACCUGCUGCUGCUGCUGGGGCUGCCGCUGGAGCUCUACGAGAUGGGGCGCAACUACCCCUUCCUGCUGGGCCGCGUGGGUGUGUCUGGUGGCCGGGGGACCUGGGGAGCAGGAGAGGCCUUGAUGGCCGCCCAGGUACCUUCUCUGUCUGCAGUUGUGCUGGUUGUGGUGUUCGGCAUCUGCUGGGCCCCAUUCCACGCUGACCGCCUCAUGUGGAGCUUCGUGUCGCAGUGGACAGAGGAGCUGGUGUUGGCCUUCCAGUACGUGCACAUUGUGUCUGGUGCCUUCUUCUACCUCAGCUCGGCCACCAACCCAGUGCUCUACAGCCUCAUGUCCAGCCGCUUCCGGGAGAACUUCCGGGAGGCCCUGGGCCUGGGCCCCCGGGGCCACCACAGAGCCCACCGCGUCUCCUACAGCCUCAGCAGGGUGACCACAGGCAGCAUCCUGUGUGACCUGGGAUCCCAGGACACAGGACCCAGCCCCUGGCUGAGAACAGUGGCCCUGAGGGCCAGGGAGAGCCCGAGCCCUCCUGAGAGCAGUCCCGAAGCAGCAGCCUCGCCCUGAGGGCCACAAGAGGCCUGGGGACUGCCUGGCCUCUGCUGUGGGGACAUCCUUGGGGCCUGCCCCACUCAGCCUUGAGACUGCGACCCGUCCCUUUGUCUUUGUUUUGUUUUGUGAGGCAGGAUCUCCCUUUGUAGUA